AUGAAUUUACCCCUCAAUCCCAAGCCUUUUCUCAAUGGGAUAACAGGAAAGUCAGUGGUGGCGAAACUCAAGUGGGGAAUGGAAGAUAAGGGCUACCUGGUCUCUGUAGAUGGCCACGUGAACAUGCAGCUUGCAAUUACAGAAUACAUAGAUGGUGCAUUGCCUGGACAUCUGGGUGAAGUUCUAAUAAGGUGCAGUAAUGUCCUUUAUAUCAGAGGUGUUGAAGAAGAGGAAGACAGGGAAAGUGAGAAUAGUGAAGAUUACCAGCUUCAGAAGAACACUCCUAAAAUGAUUGGCAUGAUUGGCGUGCUUACCUUUGGAGCUGAGGAACAGUCUGACCCAGUUUUAAGGUAG